CACGGGGUUAGACCCUCGUCGGCUGCCGUCAUAGGGCGGAUCCGGAAGACGCCCGGGAGGUGGGGGCCUCGAGGAGAAGGAAAUCUGUCCUGAGAUGGAGUUCGACAGCGAGAGUCUGCGGCUGCAGCUGAGCAAGUACAAAUUCAGGGAUCUAACAGUGGAAGAAUUAACGAAAGUAAAUAUGUUCUAUCCAAAUUUCAGAUUCUCCAUGGACACUUAUGUUUUCAAAGACAGUUCUCAGAAAGAUCUGUUGAAUUUUACUGGCACUAUUCCUGUGAACUAUCAAGGUAACACGUAUAAUAUACCAAUUCGUAUGUGGAUUUUGGAUUCUCACCCCUUUGCACCCCCCAUUUGCUUCUUGAAACCAACUUCAAACAUGGGAAUUUCAGUGGGAAAACAUGUGGAUGCUCAGGGUAGAAUAUAUCUACCCUAUCUACAAAACUGGAGUCAUCCUAAAUCAGUCAUCACUGGGUUAAUCAGAGAAAUGAUUAUCAAGUUUCAGGAGGAACUUCCUCUGUAUUCCUUAUCCUCUACUGAUGAGGCUCAGCAGGUAGAAUUGCUAGCCUAUAUUUCAAAGAUCACUCAAGGUACCUCAGACAUACAGUCAAAAAAUCAAGAAAACAAAAGUGUCAACAAAGUUACUGUGGUUGGAAGUGGAGAGUUGGGAGUUGCUUGUGUAUUAGCAAUUUUAGCAAAGGGUAUUGCAGACAAAGUGGUCCUUAUCGAAUCCUCAGAAGGAAUAAAAGGAGGAACGAUGGACAUGGACAUUUUUGAGCUGCAGAAUGUGGAAAUCAGCAAAGACUUGUCUGCCUCUUGGAAUUCCAAAGUUGUGAUCUUCACCAUUAACUCCUUGGGAAAUUCUCAGACCUACCUUGAUGUCAUACAGAGCAAUGUGAACAUGUUCAGGGAGCUUGUCCCAGCUCUAGGACAUUACAGCCCACAAAGUGUGAUGCUUGUUGCCUCUCAACCAGUUGAAAUCAUGACAUAUGCAGCAUGGAAACUGAGUGCCUUUCCUGAAAAUCAAGUGAUAGGAAUUGGAUGCAAUCUGGAUUCAAAGAGAUUCCAAUAUAUUCUUACAAAUAUUUUGAAAGCACAGAACUCAGGAAAGGAAGUAUGGAUCAUUGGUGAACAAGGGGAAGACAAAGUACCUAUAUGGGUUAGUCAGGAAGAAGCAGUGGCUCCCAGCUUCCAGGCGCAGCUGUCCAACAGAGCUAUGGAAAUAUUAAAAGUAAAAGGUCAAAGAUCCUGGUCUGUUGGUCUGUCUGUUUCUGACCUAGUUGAUAGUAUCAUAAACAAUAAGAGUAAAGUUCAUUCUGUAUCAGUUUUAGCAAAGGGGCAUUAUAACAUAAAGAAUGAAGUAUUUUUAAGCUUGCCUUGCAUCCUUGGACACAAAGGCGUGUGUGAAGUUAUCAAAGCCACAGCAAAGGAAGAUCUGGUGACUGAGAAACUCCAGAGGAGUGCAUCCUCAAUUCAUAGUCUCCAAAACCAACUGAAACUUUAAAAGAGAAUUUUUAGUUUUGUGAUUUGGGGCACAUAAAACUACAGUUUUAUAAAAGAGGUGGCAAAGAGGUGGUUUUGAGUUUCUUUCUAUUCAUAUGACUACCCAGUCCUUACAGUGCUUUCCUAAAUGUUUAUAAAGUGCAUGCCAUCAUAGUAGGGGUUUUUUUUUUGACUAGUGCUGCCAUUUGAGUAAUUAAAGAGCCAAGUUAAAAAGAAAAAUUAUAUCCUGGUGCUCAUUGUUACUCCAGUGAAAUCUGUGCUGUACUUUAAUCUGGGGGACAAUGCAAAAUAUUUGGACGCUUUGCUUACUUUGUGUUUCAUUUUUAAAUAUGUAUCAUAACACAUACAAAAUUAACAUGGGAAAUAUUUUUAAGUUAUUUUUAAAUUUAAUAGUAAAUUUAAUCAUCUACAUAUAUCAUUUUUUCAAAGAUCCUGUAUAAAUAUACAAUUAUUAGGUUUUCACUAAAUUUCUACAGUUGAUUCAAGGAUUAUGCAACUUUUACUGGUCUGUUUUGCUAAUUAUUAAACAUGGUUUUAGUAAAAUACUUCAAGUCAAACAUUUAAUAAGCAGUGUCUGCUAUGUGCAGAGCACUUCAUAUUCUUUCUUUAAUUGAAUUAACUAUCAAAAAUGGAAAGAUAUUUGGCAUACACUUUAGAAUAAUGAAAUGAAUUGACCAAAAUGGCUCCUUCCCUCCGGACCUAAGGCAAUUUGACUUAACGUUUAUAGGAAUGAAUGAGCAAAAUGUCACUCUGCGUUAGACCUUUAUUGUUGUUGCAGGUUAACUCUUGAAAAAAUAUUAAUAUUGUACUCUGUUUUAGGUCUGCCAGAAAUAAUUUUAUUUAAUAUUAAUUUAAUAUAUCCAAGCAUUUUUACUUUAGAAAAUCCAGUUUGGGGUUAGCAUUCUACUUCAACAGAUAGAAUAGUCAUUUAAUAAGUACUCAAUUCUUUCCUUCACUAGGCUAAUGUGAAGUUGGGAAUAUUAGUAUUUUAAAUAAAAUUGUUUCAGGGACUUGCACCAGCUAUUUGGUUGACAAUAUGCUGCUGACAAUAUGUAAACUCCUCAGGGGCAGGAAUUGUUUAAUUUUUGUCCUUGUUUCUCUAGCACCUAGCAUAGUCCCUGCACAUAGUAGGAACCUGAGAAAUGCCUGUUUAAUUGAAGUAAGUGCCAUACAAAUGAAAAAAAUAUUAAAUAUGACAAAGUUAAUGCUUAGAGAACAAUUACCUGAAGGAUUGAAGGAAUUCCUUUCCCUGGAUCAAUAUGGUAAUCAUUUUUUAUUUAGAAAGAUGGCACUUCCUCUUAGGUGAAUUGCAGGGCAAUUGUUUCAGGAAUGGAGAAGGCAACAAAUAGAAUCAGUUUUAAGCAGACAAGAAGUUCACUGUUCAGUCAGUUAACAAGCAAUCAUUAAGUGCCAAAUAUGGGCUAGGUACUAGGUACCAGAAAUGGAGAAAACAGCCUCAGCUCACAAGGAGUUCACAGUCUAAUGAAUGAAACUAUGCAAAUAACCAAGUUCAAACUAGAUAAAGACAGGAUAAAUUAGAGAUAAUCUCAGAGAGAAAGCACUAGCAUUAAGGGAAUGAGGAAAGGCUUCUUCUAGAAGGGGAGAUUAUAGCUGGGACAUGAAGGGAGAGCAGGAAAUGUGAGAUAAGGAGAAAGAGAAUUCCAAGUGUGGAAUUCAGCCAAUAAAAAUGCCCAGAGUUUGGAGAUGGAGUGUCUUGUUCAAGGAACUACAAGAAUCACUGGAUCACAAAAGUAUAUGAAAGACAGUAAGCUGUAAGAAGACUGAAAGAGCCAGGUCAUGAAAAGCUUUGAAUGCCAAACGGGAUUUGAUAUUUGAUCCUGAAGGUAAUAGAGAACCACUGGAGUUUAUUGAAUGGGGAUAGAGUAGGGGUGGUGACAAGGUCAGACUUAUACUUUAAGAUCAAUAUCAUAGCUAAGUGGAGGAUGGACUUCAGUAGGGACAGAUAAGCAGGAAGACCAUACAGCAGGCUAGUGCAGUAGUCCAGGCAUUAGGUGAUAAGAACUUAACACUAGGUUGCUAACUGUAUCAAAGGAGAGAAAGAAGUGUUUAUUAAAGAUGUUGCAAAGGCAAAAUCAACAGGCCUUGGCAACGGGUUGGAUGUGGCGGGGGUGAGAGUGAGGAGUCAAGGAUGACAUCUGGUUGCUAGCCUAAGUGACUGGAAUAAUGGUGGUCCUGUCAACAUUAAUAGGGAAAUUAGGAAGAGGCAAGAAUUUUGGGGGAAAGAUAAUGAGUUCAGUUUGGGACAUAUUAAAUUUAAGAUGUCUACAGGACAUCCUGUAGGAUCAGUAAAGAGGUUAGUGCAGGAUAGGUAAAUUUGAAGAUCAUUAACCUAGAGAUGGUAAUUGAAUCCAUGAGAGCUGAAGAGACCACUAAGUGAAAUAGUAUAGAAAAAGAAGACCCAAGAUAGCCCUAUUAAACACCCAAGAUUAGAGAGCAUGGUUUGGAUGAAAAUCUAGCCAAAGGAGACUGAGGCUUGUUAGAUAGGAGAAGAAGGAAGAGAAUAGUGUCAUGAAAACAAAAGAGAGUAUUCAAGAUUUAGUUUCUACCCUUAAUCCAUUUCUCUAUGAAAGACCUUUUGUUCUUGGCCUUCUACACAUUUUCAAAAUGGGAAAGGUUUGAAAAAUAUUUUUAGACUAAAUCAAUCCACAUUUAUUAUAUUUCUGCUCUGUGCCAGGCACUGUGCUAAGUGCUGGGGAUACAAAUGGGGGAACAAAAGACAGCUCCUGCCAUCAAAGAAUUUACUCUAAUGGGGGAAGAUAGCAAACAAAAGGAGGCAAAAAGGGAAAUUGGGGAAAGUUACUGACUUGUGGGUGUGAUGAAGUCAAUGUCAAAGACGUCUCAAAGGAAUGGAGCCAGGUGAGAACAGUGAUUUCUUAAUAUUUCUAUAGAAACUGAAAAGGAGGUUUUUAAUAUGCUCCCACAAGUAUGUGAAUACAAAAUGUCCUUAAAUUUCCACUGCAAAUUUUACCUCAAAUUUUUUCUCAAUAUUUGAUGAACUAUUUGGUAAACAUUUCAAUAUUUCAUAAAAAACUAUAUGAAGUUGAUUGGACCACCAAUGUGCAUUUUUUUUUAAAAUGUAAAAAUCAAGGACUAGGUAGACUAGAGAACCAGCAAAUAACAAUGUUUUUUUCAAACCUUUGGACACUAUGGACUAAGAGAAAAGUAUGGAUGGAGCAGUAUAAAUCCUCUACCAUUCCAGGGGAAAAUAAUACAAAGUGUUCUUUGGUAGUAUGGGGAAAAUUGUUAAUUACUGGAUUGUGGGAAAAAUUUAAUUGUUGCAUUGUUUGAACCUAGCCUUCAUGGCAAGAAAACAGACUUGUAUUGCUUAGGGACCAGACUAGUUUAAUGCUUAAUUUAGGACUCCAGCUCAGCCCAACCCCAGAAAAUUCCAAGAUACCCAAAGAUUAAUGCGUGGAUGUCCAUAUUCGUGAAAAAUAAAUUUUAGUUAAUUUAUGUGAAAA